UGCGCCCCCUUCCCUGCCCAACGUCGCCGCCGCAGCGCCCGUCUCCUCCUACCUCCCUCAACCGAGCAGUGUUCCAACAUCCCUCCAGUUGUCACCAUGGAGAACGAGGAGGGUAAGAUGGUCGACCUCUAUGUCCCCAGGAAGUGCUCUGCCACAAACAGAAUCAUAACUGCCAAGGACCACGCUUCUGUCCAGAUCAACAUUGGGCAUGUGGAUGAGAAUGGGCUGUAUGAUGGUCGUUUCACCACGUUUGCUCUCUCUGGGUUCGUCCGUGGCCAGGGUGAUGCUGAUGGUGCUUUGGACAGGCUCUGGCAGCAGAAGAGGGCUGAGAUCAAGCAGUAGAUGAGCUCUGCGUGGAAGAUUUUGCUAGAAUUAGAUAUUUAUUGAGCCACAUCAAACCUUAUUUGAGGAAUCUGUUAUGGUUGUUUAUGCCUUGACUACAAGUAGUCCAUGUUAGCUAUGAUAAAGUUGUGGACUGGGCGUAAUUCUUCUGUAAACCUUAAUUGAAGAAUCAAUCAUGUUUUUUUGUACCUUUGCCUACAAUUUGCCUAUGUUUCUAAGAUGAAACAGUAGACUUGGUGUAUUUCUUACUGAGAAUAUGCAUGAAUUCUGAACUGCA